AUGGUAUCGAAUGGUAACUUCUAUGUCCCUAAAAAAGCUGUUAAACGAAGUCGAAACAAGUUUACAGGGAAAUCCAAGAGUGCACCAAGUAUGUCGUCUAGAUCUAUUUCACGUACGCAAAACUCCACCUCUUCCGUGGCGAGUGAAACAUUCUUAGAAUCUUCCUUUACCACUAACGACACAUUGAGUAUGAUCUCCACACCCUGGACUACAGAAUCGUGGGAAUCUCAGACAGUAUCUUCUGGGGACACGUGUACUUUAACAUCUAGUUCGAGCAGUGGCCUGAUCUAUUUAUCGUCAUUGUCUUUCGAUCCUAAAACGUCGUCAUCAUAUGGUCCUGUAAGUAUUGAUUUUGUGAGCACGAGUAGAAAUACGUUAACCCUGUUUCAUAGUAGUACCAUACCACGAGGAAGCGUCCUAAUUCCGCCAUUGGAGAAACUGUCCAGCUCAUCAGCAACUCUAAGCUCUUGGACAAUAGAAUCGUUUUCGAGUGACGGAAGACUAAACUUUAACUCCAAAUUUAUGAAAGAUUGGAACUUUAGUCCACUUUCUGUGUUUAGCGGUACCGAUAUUUACCCAAGCACGUUGCAAUCGAAGACUUUUGCGUCCACUCCAACAAUGCUCUCUGAUAGUUUCGACAUGAUAAUUAAGGAACAGAACGAUAUAAUGGUAACUAAUUAA